AUGGCUGACGCGCAUGAUGCCGAGAAGUUCGACCCGGCUGUUCGCGUUACCUCGCCUUCGUCCAACGUCUACAAAACUGGGAAUUUGGCCUUUGUUGGCGAGCAAGGCGGAAAUGGAUCGCUACCAACCUUCCAGGAAGCCACUGGUGCACCUGUCGAGCAACAUUCCCCGUUGGGGUACAAAGUUCAGUGGUUCACCAUUAUUUUCCUGAAUAUCGGGCAAAUGAUUGGAACUGGUGUUUUUUCAACCCCGGCAUCAAUCUUGACAAACACUGGCUCAGUCGGCUUGGCAUUGAUGUACUGGGUCAUCGGAUUCGUAAUUUCAUGCUGUGCUCUCGGAGUGUACCUCGAGCUAGCCUCCAACUUUCCAUCCCGUUCCGGAGCCGAAGUCGUCUACCUGGAACAAGCUUAUCCGCGUCCGCGAUACUUCUUUCCAACGACAUUUGCGGUUCAGUCGGUGUUGCUAUCUUUUAGCAGUAGUAACGCAGUUGUCCUGGCUCAAUAUGCGUUUAAGAUGAGUGAUUACAGCCCCUCAAACUGGGAGCAAAAGGGCGUAGCUGUUGCAAGUUACACACUUGCUGUUGUCUUGCUUGUUUUGAGCGAUAAGCUUGCCAUUUGGCUUUCGGAUAUCUUUGGAUUCAUCAAGGUUUUGACUCUCAUUUUUGUCAGCAUAACCGGCCUUGUCGUCCUCGGUGGCCACACUUCUGUUCCCGAUCCACACGCCAACUUCCGCGAUGCCUUUGCCGGCACUUCCAGCAAUGGAAAUGCUAUGGCAAAUGCUUUGGUGAAGAUCACAUUCGCAUAUGAAGGAUUUCAAAACGCUUUCAACGUGAUGAACGAAAUCAAGAAUCCCGUCCGCACCGUUAAGAAAAGUGCACCGAUCUCGCUGCUGAUCGUUGCUAUUAUGUACAUGCUUUGCAACAUCGCUUUUUUUGCUGCUGUUCCCAAAGAUGAGCUGAAAACUGCCGAGCAGACCGCCGCCACACUUUUCUUCACCAAAGUCUUUGGCAAAAAAGCUGCCCAAGGGCUCAAUAUUCUGGUCAUUAUCAGCGCGUUUGGAAACCUGAUUUCGGUGCUGAUCGGUCAAUCACGAAUGAUCCGCGAAAUUGGACGACAAGGCGUCCUGCCUUGGCCUAAGUUUUGGACUACAACCAAACCUUUCGGAACACCAAUUGGACCAUACUUGUUGAAAUGGGGAAUGACAACGCUCAUGAUCGUGGCGCCACCCGCUGGUGAUGCGUUUAACUUUGUCGUUGAUCUCCAAACAUACCCCAACUCCAUUUUCUACUUCCUCAUGACAGUCGGCCUGUACUUGAUCCGACGCCAACGCAAGCGGAUUGGAAUCGGACGGUCCGAGUUCCGUUGCUGGGACCCUGCUGUGAUUUUGUUCCUGGCCGUCAACCUUUUCCUCCUGAUCAUGCCCUGGUAUCCUCCGGAAGGCGGAGCGACUGGCGGCGAUGUCAGCUUCUGGUACGGUACCUAUUGUAUCGUUGGAAUCGGAAUUAUUCUUGUAUGCGGCUUCUACUACUGGAUUUGGAUUUACGUACUGCCAUACUUUGGUAAGUAUGAGAUGAGGCAGACUGUUUUAACCUUGGAUGAUGGCUCGGUUACACAUAAAUUGGUCAAGGUGCCGAAAGACCAGUUGGAGCAGUGGGAUGCGGAACAUGAUGUGUCUGGGCAUUCAAUUCACCGGGACACUAUGGAGACUGCAAAGGAAAGGUAGAUAGCAGAUACUGUACUUGCUAGGGCGGCUUAUUUUGGUUCGUGAAGCGGAACUAGUCC